AUGUCGAAAAUCUACGUGAUCAUCUUCCAUUCUGCGGGAUACGGAGACACUUGUCCGUGGGGAAUCUACCUUGACUGUCCCCAGGCCAUCCCCGUGCUCUAUCAGAUCUUUAAAGGCCCUGUCACGGGCAAAUAUGGCCUGAGGACGCCUUUCGCGCCAGUUUUGCGCCUGGCGGAUAUCAAAAUAUCCGUCCCUGUUGGUACACUGUCGCCCGCCAAAGGCCCCCAGCAGUUCACAGCUUUCAUCCAGACCCAACCCAUCCGAAAUGGCCAGCAAUGGAACGACCAAUCAUGGGUCCUGGACUGCUUAGAAGCCCUCAACCAAAGCCAAUUUGUUUCCUGUUCCCCGUUGCCCUGCGGCGAAGGGCCGUGGUACGAGAAAUGGGUGAGGAAAAGAGCAAAGCCGAUCAAGUCGAAAUGCUUCAAAGUCGAACGCACCCGAACCCAGGCGAAAAUGACUGGGCUGAUCUUCCGCGUCCAACUUCUCUACAUCGUGUUGUCGGUUCUGUCAGCCAUCAGCAUUGCUGGCAUCUUUACUGGUUCCUUCGAAAUCGGCGAGCCAGCGAUCUGGGAUGCCAUAAUCGCCCUCAGCUCGCUCUAUGAGCGGCCCCCUAUUUAUGAAGCGUCGCCUGUACAGCUGCUGAAUGAUGCCGCGUCGGUCCAGCUCCCCCAUCACCGUGAAGCCCUAGAAUGGUACACCCGCUCCAUGUCUGCGUUGCAGCGUCGGAUCGAUAAUGGCGGCGCAGACCUGACCAUCUCCUUAAUCAGUUGCAUCCUCUUUAUUGCAAUCGAGCUUCUUCAAGGAAAUCGACAAGCUGCUUUAGCCCUCACGAGGGAGGGCGCCAAGAUGAUGACAAGCGUGACAACGGGGAAUCCCUCGGGGCAUGGCAGUAUCACCGCUCAUGGGUUUUUGCUCUCGGUGAUCAAACCGAUCUUUCGCCGGCUGAGCGCAUGGGUCUACAUCAAACAAGGCGGCAGAGCUGAGAACUGGGGCGUUGUACAAGCAAUUCAGAACGAAAAGAUUUCAACGCUCGUGGACGCCCGCAACGUGCUGUGUAGCAUAUCCGCCGAGAUGAAAAGCUUCAAUCUGGAGACAAAGCGGUACUGGUGUCGGCCGCCCCAGGAUCGGUUACAAGAAGCACCAAGAACAUCUGGUGAUGAUGGAUUCCGAGCAUACCUGCUCAUGACCUACCUGGGGGUUUUCAUCGAGAUCCAAACAUUGCUCGAUCCAGACCAGGCGUCGUAUGACGCAUACGAAGCGGAAUUCGCACAGAUCAUCAAACAUGCCCCGAUGGCGAUCGAAUCAACCCGAGAUGCCGACGGGAAACAGCCGCCGUUCACGUUUGAAAUGGGAGGACUCUUUCUGUGCGGACCAGCAGCUAAUAUUGUUGCCAUGGUUGUGGCGCUUGAAGAAGACCCAACGAGUAUUGCCGAUGAUUCGGCAGUUAGAAAGAUGCUUGCCAGCCCUGGGCGUGUUCCCCCAUCAGAGAACCGGAUCUGGGAAUUCGGCGUUUUCACUGAACAGUCCAUGAAUGGGUCCGUCGAACUUCGAUUACAAGUCACCCUACGAGAUUACGAGUGCGAGGACGGGGAGGGUGAGAAGAAGAGUCUACCCGAAGAUGUCUUGGCCUAUGACCUGGAUUUUUUAGGCUUGGGCAAGUGA